AUGAGCUCCGCCAGACCCAAAAACUUCCGCCGCCGCAUCGACGACGACGACGACGACGAUGCCGACACCCCUUCCACCACUUCCACUCUCAAAUCCCUCUCAAAACCCUCCUCCUCCGCCGCCAAGCCUAAGAAGCCUCAGAGCCAAGCCCCGAAGCUCCUCAGCUUCGUCGACGACGAAGAAAACGCCACGCCGUCUCGCUCCUCCUCCUCCUCCUCAAAACGCGACAAGUCGUCUUCCUCCCGCCUCGCCAAGCCCUCCUCAGCUCACAAGCUCACCGCCGCCAAGGACCGUUUGGUAAAUUCCACCUCCUCCACCGCCUCCGCUUCUCUCCCCUCCAAUGUUCAGCCACAAGCCGGCACCUACACCAAGGAAGCCCUCCGUGAGCUUCAGAAGAACACUCGAACCCUAGCCAGCUCCAGAACCUCCUCCGCCGCCGCCGCCGCCGAGCCUACUAUCGUCCUCAGGGGCUCGAUUAAGCCCGCCGACGCCUCAAUCGCCGACGCCGUUAACGGAGCCAGAGAGCUGGACUCCGACGACGAGGAACAGCAAGGGAGCAAGGAUAGGUAUCCUGAUCAGGCCACCAUUGAAGCCAUUCGGAAGAAACGUGAGCGGCUCCGGAAGUCCAAGCCCGCCGCGCCGGAUUUCAUUGCAUUGGAUUCAGGGAGCAACCACGGCGCGGCGGAGGGGUUGAGUGAUGAGGAGCCGGAGUUUCGCAACCGAAUUGCAAUGUUUGGGGAGAAAAUGGAGAAUAAGAAAGGUGUGUUUGAGGAUGUUGAUGAUACGGGAGUGGAUGGUGGAUUGAGAAGAGAGAGUGUUGUAGUCGAAGACGAUGAGGAUGAAGAAGAGAAGAUUUGGGAGGAAGAGCAGUUUCGGAAAGGGUUGGGGAAGAGGGUGGAUAAUGAUGGGGCUAGUUUGGGGGUUAGUGCUAGUGUUCCUAGAGUUCAUAGUGCUGCGCCGCAGCCCAAGGCUAGCUACAAUUCAAUCGCGGGGUAUAGUUUGGCACAGAGUCUGGCUGGUGUGGCCAGUAUAGGAGGGGCAACAGGAGCAUCACAAGGUUCGAAUGCUUUGUCCAUAAACGAGCAAUCUGAGAUUGCUCAGAAAGCGUUGCUGGAAAAUGUGAGGAAGCUUAAGGAAAGUCACGGAAGAACAAAGAUGUCACUAACCAAGGCUAAUGAGAGUCUAUCUGCCUCGCUAUUGAACAUCACUGAUCUUGAAAAGUCUCUGUCUGCUGCUGACGAGAAGUACAAGUUCAUGCAAGAGCUUCGCGACUUUGUCUCUACCAUAUGUGACUUUUUGCAGGAUAAAGCUCCCUUGAUAGAGGAGCUUGAAGAGGAAAUGCAGAAGCAACGUGACGAACGUGCUUCAGCUAUUUUUGAAAGAAGAAUUGCUGAUAAUGAUGAUGAAAUGAUGGAAGUAGAAGCAGCUGUAAAUGCAGCAAUGUCUAUUUUCAGUAAAGAAGGUACCAGUGCUGGAGUAAUUGCAGUUGCUAAAAGUGCAGCACAAGCUGCUUCUGCUGCUGUGAGAGAACAAAAAAAUUUACCGGUCAAGCUAGAUGAAUUCGGUAGAGAUAUGAACCUUAAGAAACGUCUGGAUAUGAAAGGCAGGGCCGAAGCUCGUCAACGCAGGAGAAAAAGGUAUGAAGCUAAGAGAGAGUCAUCCAUGGAUGUGGACAGUCCUGAUCGGACGGUAGAAGGGGAAUCAAGCACUGAUGAGAGUGACGGUGAGAGUAAAGAGUACGAGUCACACCGCCAGUUGGUGCUGGGGACUGCUGAUCAAGUUUUCAGUGAUGCAGCUGAGGAAUAUUCACAACUUUCACUUGUCAAAGAAAGGUUUGAAAAAUGGAAGAGAGAGUAUCGAUCAAGUUACCGUGAUGCUUACAUGUCAUUGAGUGUUCCUAUUAUAUUCUCUCCAUACGUAAGGCUGGAGCUCUUGAAGUGGGACCCUCUCCGUGAGAACACAGAUUUUGUAAAGAUGAGCUGGCAUGAAUUAUUAGAGAAUUACGGUGUACCGGAGGAUGGUUCGGAUUUUGCAUCUGAUGAUGCUGAUGCUAACCUUAUCCCUGCAUUGGUGGAAAAGGUUGCAUUACCCAUUUUGCAUCAUCAAAUUGUUCACUGCUGGGAUAUUCUCAGCACAAGAGAGACAAAGAAUGCAGUUGCUGCCACGAGCUUGGUAACAGAUUAUGUCUCUUCCAGUGAGGCUCUUGAAGACUUAUUAGUUGCUAUUCGCACCCGUCUGGCAGAUGCUGUCUCGAAACUUAUGGUCCCAACAUGGAGCCCACUUGUAUUGAAAGCAGUGCCAAAUGCUGCAAGAAUUGCAGCGUAUCGAUUUGGCAUGUCUGUUCGUUUGAUGAAAAAUAUCUGCUUGUGGAAAGAAAUCCUUGCUUUGCCAGUUCUAGAGAAGCUUGCUAUUAAUGAGCUUUUGUGUGGCAAAGUUAUACCUCACAUUCGAAGCAUUGCUGCCGAUGUUCAUGAUGCAGUUACAAGAACUGAAAGGGUUAUUGCUUCUCUGUCAGGGGUGUGGUCAGGUUCAGAUGUUACAGGAGACCGUAGCCGCAAGUUGCAAUCCCUGGUGGAUUAUGUGCUGACGCUGGGGAAGACUAUAGAGAAGAAGCAUUCGCUGGGUGUUACACAAAGUGAAACUGGUGGACUGGCUCGUAGAUUGAAGAAGAUGCUGGUUGAGCUCAACGAGUAUGACAAGGCCAGGGACGUAGCUAGGACCUUCCAUCUAAAAGAGGCAUUGUGAAAUUGAGAAUCCUGAAGAUAGGUAUCUGGACUAGCACAAAAAAAGCAUGUUAAAUGCCCCGGCCACAGAUUUUCGACCAUCCAUCUUGGAGCAAAACAAGGUGCAAGUAUUGGACCCCUAAAUUUCAAGCAGACACGUCUCUCCUUAUGUCAUACUUGGACAUACACAAUCAGCCACAGCAACGUUAAUCUCAGAACAUGGUUCUCUCCGUUUUUGUUAAGUGUUAGCCAUGUGAUAAUUGAGUUAGAGCAGGAGAUCCCCUAGUUGGGGAAUCAAGAUAUGAAAAUUUUGAGGUAAAUGAUAAGAGAAUUCGGUCCAA